CCCACCUUUCUGCUCUGUCUGCUCCUGGAAGUGCAGAAAAGAAGGAGUUAAAUGGAAUCUGAAGGUACUGCUUGGUGGGUCACCUUGAUUCUCAGGCUGGGUUCCUUCCCUUCUGCCAGAGGGAAGCAGUGGAGGGAAGGAGACUGGGAACCAGGAAUGGGGGAGGGUGGGGACCUGGCAGGCCCCACCUCCAGGACCACAGGAGCCGCCCCAGCUCAGAGGCUUGCACUGCCCUGAUGGCUCUCGACCCCAGCAGACGCCUCUGCCUGCUGCUGCUGCUGCUGCUUGCCUGCUGCCUUGUGCCUGUCAACGCUGAUGGGAAUUCCCUGAGUCCCCUGAAUCCUCUGGUGUGGCUCUGGUCUGCCAAGACCCCUGAUUCCUUGGAAGGCCCGGUCUCGAAACCCCAGAUCAGUUCACCUGUGCAGUCCACAGAGAACCCCACCACGCACGUGGUCCCCCAGGAUGGCCUCGCAGGACAACAGACAACUUCUGCCAGCCCCAAGCUGUCCCCGGAGGAGGAUCGGGAAGCCGGCCAGGGUGGCAGCCCUGCAACCCCUGCUGUCCCCAUUCCCCUGGUGGCCCCUGCUGCGAGCCCAGACACGAAGGAGGAGAAUGUUGCCGGCGUGGGAGCCAAGAUUCUGAAUGUGGCUCAGGGCAUCCGGAGCUUCGUCCAUCUGUGGGAUGAGGACUUCACUAAUGAGCACACUGCUGGAAUCGAGGCUUCAGAUUCCUCAGUCCCUACAGUCCUCCCUACUCCUGCUGACCUCUCCAGUGCUCCCCAGGGGAGUAAGACCACUCUCUGGCUAAGCAGUGGCGUUCCAAGUUCUCCAGAUGCUCAGACAACUGAGGCUGUGCCCACCCAGCCGCCUCCCUUCCAAAGCAGCCUCCAGGCACCACUGGGAAGACCCUCAGUACCACCAGCAUCCCCAGGUAGAGCAUUUCUCCCUUUGACACGGAUCAGGGCUCCUCCCUGGGGGCAACAAGAGCCUCCCAGGCAGCCCCGGCAUCUGGAGGGGAAAGAAUUCUUGCCUAUGGCAGCCAGGUCCAGCCGGCAGCACAGACACUCUGAUGUCCACGUUGACAUCCACGGGCACGUACCUCCUCUUCCCUUGGUGACGGGUCCUCUGGUGACGGCUUCUCUGAGUGUGCACGGUUUACUCUCUGUUCCUCCCUCUGACCCUUCAGCCCAACUCUCUCAGGUAUCAGCUUUACCUGGGUUCCCUGGUGCUUGGGUUUCCCUCGUGGCUUCCUCUUCAGGGCUUUCUAAUGACUCCGCACAAGUGGGAAAUGGCUCUCUGACCUCUACCAGCCGCUGCCUGCCCCUGCCGCCCACUUUGGCCGUCUGCAGCCACUUAGGUAUUGGACACUUUUGGUUGCCUAAUCAUCUUCACCAUACGGACAGCGCGGAGGUAGAGGCCACCGCACAGGCUUGGGGGCACCUCCUCCAUACAAACUGCCACCCCUUCCUUGCCUGGUUCUUCUGUCUGCUGCUGGCUCCUUCCUGUGGCCCGGGCCCACCACCUGCCUUGCCACCCUGCCGGCAGUUCUGUGAGGCCCUGGAAGAUGAGUGUUGGAACUCUCUAGCUGGGGACAGGCUACCUGUCGUCUGUGCCUCUCUCCCUUCUCAGGAGAAUGGGUACUGUGUGUUCAUUGGGCCAGCUGCAGAGCAUGCUGUUGAGGAGGUGGGGCUACUGCAGCUCCUUGGAGACCCCUUAUCCCAGCAGAUCUCACAAAUCGACGACCCUCACGUCGGGCCGGCCUACAUCUUUGGACCAGACUCCAAAAGUGGCCAGGUGGCCCGGUACCACUUCCCUAAACUCUUCUUCCGGGACUUUUCGCUGCUGUUUCAUGUCCGGCCAGCCACAGAGGCCGCAGGGGUGCUGUUUGCCAUCACCGAUGCCUCCCAGGUGGUAGUCUCACUAGGCGUGAAGCUCUCAGAGGUCCGAGAUGGACAGCAAAACAUCUCAUUGCUCUACACGGAGCCUGGUGCCAGCCAGACCCAGACAGGAGCUAGCUUCCGCCUACCUGCGUUUGUUGGCCAGUGGACACACUUCGCGCUCAGCGUGGAUGGAGGCUCUGUGGCUCUCUAUGUAGACUGUGAAGAGUUCCAGAGGGUGCCAUUUGCUCGGUCCUCACAGGGUCUGGAGCUGGAGCAUGAUGCUGGCCUCUUUGUGGGUCAGGCUGGAGCAGCAGACCCUGACAAGUUCCAGGGGGUGAUCUCGGAGCUGAAAAUACGCAGUACCCCCCGGGUGAGCCCGGUGCACUGUCUGGAUGAAGAUGACGAUGAUGAAGACAGGGCAUCUGGAGACUUUGGAAGUGGCUUUGAAGAAAGCAGCAAAUUGCACAGGGAGGAUGCAUCUCUACUACCCGGGUUACCCCGGCCACCUCCUGUCACUUCCCCACCCCUGGCUGGAGGCAGCACCACAGAAGAUUCUAGAACAGAAGAAACGGAGGAAGAAGCCACUGUAGAUUCUAUAGGAGCUGAGACUCUUCCUGGCACAGAUUCAAGUGGUGCAUGGGAUGGUGUCCAGAACCCCGGAGGUGGCUUGAUAAAGGGAGGUCUAAAAGGACAAAAGGGAGAACCAGGUGCUCAGGGCCCACCUGGCCCAGCUGGGCCCCAGGGUCCUGCCGGUCCAGUGCUACAGAGUCCCAGCUCACAACCUGUCCCUGGAGCACAAGGACCACCGGGACCUCAGGGGCCACCAGGGAAGGAUGGCAUUCCAGGAAGGGAUGGUGAACCGGGUGACCCUGGUGAGGACGGGAGACCGGGUGACACUGGACCUCAAGGCUUUCCAGGGACCCCAGGAGACGUGGGCCCUAAGGGUGAAAAGGGAGAUCCUGGUGUUGGGCCUCGAGGACCUCCAGGACCUCCAGGGCCACCAGGACCCUCCUUCAGACAGGACAAGCUGACCUUCAUUGACAUGGAGGGAUCUGGUUUCAGCGGAGACCUAGAAAGCCUCAGAGGCCCACGAGGCUUCCCUGGUCCCCCAGGACCCCCUGGUGUCCCAGGACUGCCUGGUGAGCCAGGGCGCUUUGGAGUCAACAGUUCCUAUACACCAGGACCUGCAGGCCUUCCUGGUGUGCCUGGGAAGGAAGGGCCCCCCGGUUUUCCUGGUCCCCCGGGACCUCCAGGUCCUCCAGGCAAAGAGGGCCCACCAGGAGUGGCCGGCCAGAAAGGCAAUGUUGGUGAUGUGGGUAUCCCAGGACCCAAGGGGAGCAAAGGAGACCUCGGGCCCAUCGGUAUGCCUGGAAAGUCUGGCUUGGCUGGACCCCCUGGACCAGUAGGACCCCCAGGACCUCCUGGGCCUCCAGGGCCACCAGGACCAGGAUUUGCUGCUGGAUUUGAUGACAUGGAAGGCUCUGGAAUACCCCUCUGGUCAACAGUCCGAAGUUCUGAUGGGCUGCAGGGACCUCCGGGGUUGCCAGGACUCAAGGGGGAUCCUGGAAUGACAGGGCCACCUGGAGCCAAGGGAGAAGUCGGGGCAGAUGGAGCCCAGGGCAUCCCUGGUCCCCCAGGAAGAGAGGGUACAGCUGGGUUCCCGGGUCCAAAAGGAGAGAAAGGGAUCCAGGGAGAAAAGGGAAACCCAGGAAAAGAUGGAGUGGGCCGGCCAGGCCUUCCUGGCCCUCCAGGCCCUCCAGGGCCUGUGAUCUAUGUGUCGAAUGAGGAUAGGGCUGUGAUGAGCACGCCAGGACCUGAGGGCAAGCCAGGGUAUGCAGGCUUUCCUGGACCUGCUGGACCGAAGGGUGACCUGGGUUCCAAAGGCGAGAGGGGUCUUCCGGGGCCCAAGGGUGAGAAGGGAGAGCCAGGCACUAUCCUUAGCCCCGAUGGCAGAGCUCUGGGUCUCGCCCAGAAGGGAGCCAAGGGAGAACCAGGCUUUCGAGGACCCCCGGGUCCUUAUGGACGGCCUGGGUACAAGGGUGAAAUUGGCUUCCCCGGACGGCCGGGUCGUCCCGGAACGAACGGCUUAAAGGGAGAGAAAGGGGAGCCUGGAGACACCAGCCUUGGAUUUAGCAUGAGGGGAAUGCCUGGGCCCCCUGGGCCUCCCGGCCCCCCAGGUCCUCCAGGGAUGCCCAUCUAUGACAGCAAUGCAUUUGUGGAGUCUGGCCGACCUGGACAACCAGGACAGCAAGGUGUGCAGGGGCCUUCAGGACCAAAGGGUGACAAAGGAGAGGUGGGCCCACCCGGGCCACCAGGGCAGUUCCCCAUCGACCUCUUCGACCUGGAAGCUGAAAUGAAGGGGGACAAGGGAGACCGAGGGGAUGCUGGACAAAAAGGAGAGAGGGGAGAACCUGGGGCUCCUGGUGGUGGAUUCUUCAGCUCAAGUGUACCUGGCCCACCCGGCCCCCCUGGCCCACCUGGAUACCCUGGAAUUCCGGGUCCAAAGGGAGAGAGCAUUCGGGGUCCACCUGGCCCUCCUGGCCCACAAGGACCUCCUGGCAUUGGCUAUGAGGGGCGCCAAGGCCCCCCGGGACCUCCAGGACCUCCAGGACCUCCCUCCUUCCCUGGCCCUCACAGACAGACUGUCAGUGUUCCUGGUCCUCCGGGCCCGCCUGGGCCCCCAGGUCCCCCAGGAGCCAUGGGUGCCUCUGCUGGGCAGGUGAGGAUCUGGGCCACAUACCAGACUAUGCUGGACAAGAUACGUGAGGUGCCAGAGGGCUGGCUCAUCUUUGUAGCCGAGAGAGAAGAGCUCUACGUCCGGGUUAGAAACGGCUUCCGGAAGGUGCUGCUGGAGGCCCGGACAGCCCUCCCGCAUGGGACGGGCAACGAGGUAGCUGCUUUGCAGCCCCCAUUGGUACAACUCCAUGAGGGCAGUCCAUAUACUCGGAGGGAGCACUCCUAUUCCACGGCACGACCCUGGCGAGCAGAUGACAUCUUGGUCAACCCACCACGUCUGCCAGACCACCAGCCUUACCCUGGGGUUCCACACCACCACAGUUCUUAUGUGCACCUGCCGCCAGCUCGCCCCACGACCUCACCUGCCCACACUCACCAGGACUUUCAGCCAGUGCUCCACCUGGUGGCACUGAACACCCCUCUGUCUGGAGGCAUGCGUGGUAUCCGCGGGGCAGAUUUCCAGUGCUUCCAACAAGCCCGAGCUGUGGGGCUGUCUGGUACCUUCCGGGCCUUCCUGUCCUCUCGGCUGCAGGACCUCUACAGCAUUGUACGUCGUGCUGACCGAGGGUCUGUGCCCAUUGUCAACCUGAAGGACGAGGUGCUAUCUCCCAGCUGGGACACCCUGUUUUCCGGCUCCCAGGGUCAACUCCAACCUGGGGCCCGCAUCUUUUCUUUCGACGGCAGAGAUGUCCUGAGACACCCAGCCUGGCCGCAGAAGAGCGUAUGGCACGGCUCAGACCCCAGUGGGCGCAGGCUGAUGGAGAGUUACUGUGAGACAUGGAGGACUGAAGCUACUGGGGCUACAGGUCAGGCCUCCUCCCUGCUGUCAGGCAGGCUCCUGGAACAGAAAGCCGCGAGUUGCCACAACAGCUACAUCGUCCUGUGCAUUGAGAAUAGCUUCAUGACCUCUUUCUCCAAAUAGGGCCUCUGCCAGCUAGCAUGGCGGACAGAGGCGAUGCAGGACUUUGACACAGUGCAGGGAGCUUCCAGCCAGCACCCAGGGUCUGGCUGGGAUACGAUCCUGUAUAGUUCACAUUUUAUGUAAUCCUCAAGAAAUAAAAGGAAGCCAAAGAGUAUAUUUUUUUAAACAUUUAAAACAGACUUCCUGCCCUUCCUCUCCCACUUGAACUGGCCAGCCUGUGUCACAGUCCCUUCUUCCUCCACGCUUGGUAGAGCUUCCUGGCGAAGUCGGACCAUAGCUGGGUCUCAGCAGGAGGCUGAUGACCUAGAGUUACUGCCUCAGACCUGCAGACUUUCUCUAGCCUGGCAUCUUUCUGAGCAGACUGUUCAUAGAGCAGUCACAAUGCAUGUGCUGGGGACAGCACAGGGCGGUACAGGCUCCCCUCUCUCACCGCCCAGUGGCUAUGCCAGUUGUACAGGUGGGCACCUGCUCAUCCAGGUGGUAACUGGGUCUACUUAUGCUUGAGCAGUGGGAGCCAGCUCUCCUGACCCCCCCCCACUCCCUGCCAGGGCAGGUUCCCAAGCUCAAUACUCACUGUGACCCCCCAGGUCUGACCCCUGUUCCUGUCACCAGGCCAGGAACAUGGCCAGACUUAGUCUGUGUGCUCAUUUUUCCGAGGGCCUGACAUGACAUGGGGCCCAUCCUCACGUCUGUCUCUCUCUGGUGUUCCCUGAGAUCCCGUCCAGAGCAGAACCCAACCCCAACCAAGCCCAAGCACCAGGGUAAGGCAGCACCUCACUCAUCAGCUUGAAGUCCACAGAUCUCACAUCCACUGCACAAAGCACUUGUCCUAUGGAGGGACUUGUGUGCUCAGGGUCACAAGUGGCCAAUCAAAGCCUGCCUAAGGCUCUGUUGUCUAAGGAUUGGGACAAUCCAGUGGGGCUGGUUCUGUGACAAUGUGUGAUAUGAAGCCAUUUCAAAGAGGCACCAAAUAAAGAUGACCUUUUAUACAGACA